GUUUUCAAGCCACUCACGAUGCAGCAAUGAAUGUGUUUGAUCGCCUGCAGCCUGCCAGCGCUUCGUCAUUCUGAACUCGACAGUGAUAGAACUCGCAUCGUGUGGGAUACUGCUGUUGCCGUAGUCCUGUUAUCGUCAGCACAGUGUACAUGUACGUUGGGUUAUUACUCGACCAACAUGUUAGCUUCGAGACCACUUAUGCAUACGGAAUAUCUGCAGCCUCUGGACCCUUUGCCCACAACGCUGGACGCAAAGAAGAGUCCCCUGGCAUUGCUUGCUCAGACGUGUAGCAGCAUCGGCAAGCCAGACCCACCACCCAGCAGCAAUGAUGCCAAGCCAGCAGCAACCCCCAUCGGUCGCCACUCACCCUCUGGUAAACACUCGCCAGAGAAGGCAUCCACGGCCGCCGGUCUGCCAGAGUCCAGCUCGGGGUUCAAGCCCUACAAGCAGCCCGAGAAGCGCGAGGGGGACGCCCAGGUCAUCAAGAUCGGCUACGGGAAGGAGAAGAGGGAGGCAAAGUCGCCGCCAUCCUCCAACUCCCCGCGCUCCCCACCACUGAAGGCCAAGACGGAGCCGGCCACCACACCCACGUCCACCCCGGGGAGUAUCGAUGCCAGCACCAGCCAAUCCGGCCAUUCCUCGUUGAGCGAUGGCAGCCACAAAGACACAGUGACCGUCACCAAGCCGACCGCGCCCGUCCAGGCAGCCCAAGUUGCGCCCUCUCAUCUUCACCAUUCCAGCUACCCGGGACAUUACAAGCACGGUCUCCUCACCCCAUCACACGCCGGUCACUGCGGGUGUCCCUCCCAGGUUGUAGGUCACAUGCCGUACUACCCCGACCCUGCUGUCGCGGCCCGUGACCCCGUGAGUGUCCACCCCCUUAAGCACGAUGUGAACCCCCUUCUGGCGGCCACUGCUUCCCCCUAUACCGCCUACGCCAGGGUCAAGACAGCGGACGGAGGAACCACCCUCAUGCCCAUCUGCCGGGACCCGUAUUGCACAAACUGCCAGAGUGCCCAACACUACCAGACAGGCACUCCAUCCGGGUGCACACAAUGUAGACAUGACACUUUCGCUUUGAAUACUCCCCUUCCGAUCGCUCUACCGCUCCCGGGGAGUAUGUCCCCCUACCUCAGCAGCAGUGUAGCAUCCAGUGUCCACCAGACACCCUACCUGUACCCCCACUCCAUCACCACCACCUCGCAAGAACACGGACACGUCUGUAACUGGGUCUCAGGGGCGACCAGUUGUGGUAAGCGGUUUGCCAGCAGUGAGGAGCUAUUGCAGCAUCUGCGUACGCACACCAUGACCAACAGCGAAGUCCCCACAUCGUCGGCUCUUAGUGCGACGCUUGGUGCUCAGCUGAGCGCCUACUAUAUGCAAUAUCCCACGGCAGCUGCCGCCGCUGCCGCCGCUGCUUCGUUUGGACUUCCCAAGCCAGGCUUCCCUACUCCGCUGAGUCCAGUUGGUGCCAUUCGUUAUCAUCCGUACUCCAAGACCCCGUCACCGAUCGCGGCACUCCCCGGCCUACCGACGGGUGCGUAUUAUUCACCGUACCCCCUCCACGACAUCAAGUCUAGAUUCGCAACAGCCGGACUUCCACACUAAGAACACUAGCGAUCAGUGAUUCUCAAACUUACAUCCAACUCACUUCUCGGGUUUAAAAGCAAGCCACUUGUGUUUCCCUUUGCCACUAAAUUGACUCUGUAAAGGUACAUGUGUCACCAUGGUCUACAGUACAAUGUGAAGCUGAUGGUCAUCGGGUAGUUGACACAGUUGAUAUACAAGUUUGUGUAUAUAUUUUCUACCAUAAAGUUAAUAUUGUAUAGCGUUCAUUUGUAAAUUUCAAAUACGUAUUCAAAGAAUGAUUGUAUUUGUCAAAAAUGUACCUAUGAAUCACGAGACAGCUAUACAUGUAUUUCAGUUUGAUCGGUUUGUGCAUAAAGAAAAAACAUGCCAUUCCUUAUGGAAGAUGUGCAAAUUUGGGAGAUGGCUGAUGAAAUGGUUCAUCUACGAAGUUAAACAAGAAAACAAUAUGAAAGUGUUGUCUCUAAAUAAUGAAAUCGCUAAGGCAUAAUAAUUGUACUGUCAUAGAAUUUGGCCUUCAUGGUUUGGGGUUCGAUUUGCCAAUCGUUAUCUGUUGUUCAUUAUACUCCAAAUUCAAACCAUACCAGCAUGUGAUUUUAACGGAGGAGAAUCUGUUCUCUUAAUCUCUUUGUAAAUUCUUGGUUAGUGUUACUUGUGACAUUGUCGAGUGGUGAUGUGUUCCCUCAGUGCGCUAUCGGACCACUACAUGCAUAUACACACAACAUGUAUUUCCUCACAUGAAGAUUCUAACAACUCGAGCAAUGCGAGGGGUGAUAGCACACACUUGUCAGCAACCUUAGUCAUCAUAUUUUCCCCAUCAAUAAUCGUGUUUAUCUCGAUUCUUAUACGCUGCCCGUUCAGUUGUUGAGUCCCUUCAUUUCCACAGUUUUCAACAUGUUGACUAGUGCACCCGAAAGGAAAACAGAGAAAGUACCCGACCCCAAAUCUUCCGCUGGUUUGUAGGAAUGGCGCACUUGAUAGGACCGGGGUGGACCCGAGGUGCUACUAGUAUACAAUCUAUCAUCGCGGGGUUGUCGAGUCGCUUAUAAAUUACACGCUGUCCGAUGCAGUGAUAAGGCGCGCUUCCAGACCCCCCGAUGAUUUAUGGUAUCCGUUCAUAUUCACCGUUAGCAAUUUAUAAUUCUCUGCCAGUCAGCAUCCACGGGAGAGCCAAUUUCAUUGUAAUGUCGAGAUGUAUUUUUUGCAACGGACGGAAAGAAAAAUUGCCUAUUGGGGGGGGGGGUAGCUGCUCAUUGUUAAAACGGUUCAGUACGUUUGUGAACUACGUGUUGGAUAGCACGUUCUCUUUAGGGGGAAGAAACUUUUAUCGAUGUUCACAAUGUUGAUUUUUUUAAAGCUUUUCGUCAAGUACUCGUCUAUUUCGUUCUUUUUGCCAAGUUAGGAAUAUUGUUUUCCGAAAUCGGAUUUCAUUUUUGUUAGGUAUCAUUGCAGUUGUACAUACUCCGAGUGUAUGUUAUUUUAUCAUUAAAACAAUUGAAAAGGUUACAGGAUUUGA